AUGCAGGCUACUGUAGGCUUACUUGCCUUGGCAGCUUUAUUCUGUUUAGCCGACGCAGGUGAGUGAGAGGGUAAUCAUUUGAGUAUCAUAGGUGGAACUGGUUUAAGGUUAGGCGAGGGCCAAGUUUUGUGUAAUAGGUUGCAGACAAUGGGGGCUGAACGUUAUCACUUCUUCUGAUGAUAAAGGGAACAAGAUUUAAAAACAAACAUUUACGUUUCAGGAAGAAUCUCGGUGUCGAGAGGAAAAAAUGUCACCAAAAUUGAUGAUUUGUGCGCUAGAAUGCACAACAACACGGCUCUUGGUGAGUAUCCUACAGUAUCUAGGUCAUAUCUGUCUUGUUCCUAAUGCUUUACUUUGUUUUUCCUAUCCUGGUCAUAUUUUGUCCCUAUCUAUUUAUUGUAUGCUGUUGAUUCUACAUAUUCGUUUUUAUAGAAGGAUCCUCUCCGCUGCUGAUGAUGCAAGCAACCGCCUACGAGUGCCAGAAGAAAUGCGUGGACAUCUUCCCGGAGUGCUCGGCAGGUAAAUUCAGUUUGCACCGGAUGCAGGGGUCUCCUACAAAGAAGAUUGAUGUGUCAAGCAAUAUCUAUAACAAAUGACACUCGUCCGCAAAUAUCUCUUUUUCUGCUUCUUUGACUGAUUGCUUUUGCACAUUUACACUGUUGCAUUUCGCAACUUGAGAUAUGAUAACCUAAGUCGACUCUCUUUCUCUCCGAAAUUUGAUCUCUGCCCCUGAGGGCGACUAAGACAAAGAAACAAAAGUGAGCUGAUUUUGUUUCAGUGGUCUACUACUACCUGCACAAUGAGACAAAGAAGCACUACUGUUACCUGUUCUCCGAGAACUCUGUUCAAGAAAAGAUCGACCUUGUCGAGCAGAAGCCAGAGAACAAGAAGGAUAUCGUCAGAAUGCUGGAGUUGGUCAUUGACUGCCACCAAUUCGAUGCUCACCCGCCAUUGGAGGAGGAUGGAUUGGCUUCGUCCACCGACAAGGUUGACAGGAAAAAGAGACGUGAGUCUGGCAACCGGUUACUGUAGAUGAUAGCCAAAAUUUCAGAACAAGGGGAUGAGGCUGUGCAGGGAGUUGGAGACUGGACCGAUUGGUCGCACUGCUCCAACAACGGUGAUUUUCUCAAAAGCUGGCAUUGUAUAACUGUGAUCUCACUUUUCAGGUCACGAAGUGCGCUCUCAGGCUUGCGAGUACGGUAGAAAGAUUCAGCGUCGUGGUUGCCCAGCGCGAUCGGCCCCACAAAGAAUCCCAGCUCCACCAGCACCGCAGUUCCCACCACGUGCUCCACAAUAUCCAAAUGCUCAGCAACAGCAGCAGCUGCAGCAACUGCAAAGAGAUCAUCAACUAAGAGAGCAGCAGCUUCGCGAGCAUCAGGCCCGCCUCCAGCAACAGCAGCAGCAACAGCAGCAGCAGCAGCCUCAGCCACCACAGAGACCACCAGUCUCACCACAGUCUUUCUCCGGAUCUCAUGAGCUUCAGCUUCAACAGAGACAGCAGCAGCAACAACAACAACAACAACAACAACAACAACAACAACAACAACAACAGCUGCAGCAACAACAGCAGCAGCAACGGCAGCAGCAGCAGCAGCAGCAGCAGUCCGGACAAUCCCAGAUCCACCUUCAAAGCGGCCCAGUGCCACCACAGCAGCCACCAGUCCCACAGCAAAGCCAGCAGCAGCCACAGCUUGAGCGCUCCCCAUUGGACCAGCAUGCUCAGCUCUAUCAGGAGAGAAUGUCGCAGUACCGUGAAAACUACAACCAGAGACAUCCAGCUCGCCCGAAGGCCGAUCCAUGCCCAGGAGGUUACUGUGCACCACAGCCACAACAGCCACCACCACCACAGCCAGAGCGUCCGACUCCACCACCAGUUCUCGCCCCGGUCAUCAACACCGCCACCCAGCCACCACUCCCACAGCCCUACCCAACCAGAUACCGUCCAGCCCCGCCACCACCACCAGCUUGUGACGGGCAAGGAUGCGUUGCUCCGCCAGUUGUUUCCGGAGCCUGGCACGAUUGGUCUGACUGGUCUUUGUGCUCGUGCACCUGCGGAGAUGGAGCCAAGUCCAGACGCCGUGAAUGCUCGACCAACAACUGCCAGGGAGCUGAUUAUGAGACUGAGCCAUGCAAUUUGGGACCAUGCCAGACGUGGUCGGAGUGGUGCGAGUGGUCUUCUUGCUCGGCUAGCUGUGGAACCGGACAGCGUGAGAGAACUCGUUUCUGCCACCUCGGAACCAACAGAUGCGAAGGAAAGGACUACGAAUCGGAGCAGUGCAACGGCGGACCGUGCCCAGAGUGGUCCCAGUGGGAGGAUUGGGGACAAUGCUCAGUAACCUGCGGAACCGGAGUUGCUGUCCGUCAACGUACCUGCCUUGGAGGAGUCUUUGGAGAUCAUCUCUGCCAAGGACCAAAGACCGAACAAAAGGUUUGCGAAGCUGGACCCUGCUCCCUCUGGUCCCCAUGGCAAGAUUGGUCUACAUGCUCUGCCUCGUGCGGAAGUGGAAUGAAGAGAAGACAGCGUGUCUGCCAGUAUGGAACUGAUUGCCAAGGACCAAAUGAGGAGAGCCAGUUCUGCUACGGACCUGCAUGCGCCGAGUGGACUGAGUGGUGCGAGUGGUCGGGAUGCUCUUCCAAAUGCGGACCAGGACAGAGAACCAGAACUCGCGGAUGCUUGGGAUCCGAUGGAAAGGAAGCUACUACCUGCCAGGGAGCCAGCAUUGAGACCACCCUUUGCGAGGGACAAUCCUGCUGCAACUGGUCAGAGUGGUGCCAUUGGUCGAUGUGCGACAAGGAAUGCGGUGGAGGACAGGUAUUGCAAACGGGUUUACGAACUGAUCCACGAUCACUUUUCAGUCCAUCCGUACCCGUACCUGCCUGAACAGCGCCGGAAGCCCAGAUUCCGCUUGCCAUUGCGAUGGACCAGACCGUGAGGAAAAAGAAUGCAACACCCAGAGCUGUGCUCCACAAUGCGCUUGGAACCAAUGGUACUCGAAAUCAGAAUCAAUCUAACUGAAAAUUGACAAAUGUUUUAGGUGCGAAUGGAGUCCAUGCUCUACGCAACUUGCCUGCGAAGUCGGAGUUCAGACAAGGUCAUACUAAGUUUUCAAAUAAAACUGAAAAAAAAAACUCUUUUCAGAAGCCGUCAAUGCGUCGGAGAAUCCGGAUGUCACUGCAUCGGACUUGCCGAGGAAUCGCAGCAAUGCCGUGGACUCACUCCAUGCCCGCCAAAGGCGCCAUGCUAA